AUGAGAUUCACCGUCCUCAUCGGAGGAGGGUUUUCACUCGUCCAUCUCGUCACGGCACUCAACAAUGGACUCGCCGUGACUCCGCAAAUGGGGUGGGAUAAUUGGAAUGCAUUUGGUUGCAGUUUGAGUCAGAGUUUGAUUCUCUCUACGGCCAGCUUCAUCAAAAAGACUGGCCUGAGAGAUGCCGGUUAUCACUACAUUAUUCUGGAUGACUGCUGGUCAUCUGGUCGAGCAUCAAAUGGGGCGCUCAUAGCAGAUUCCACCAAAUUUCCCAACGGAAUGAGCUAUCUAGGCAAUCAACUUCAUGCAGAUGGCUUUGGCUUUGGGAUCUAUUCGAGCGCUGGCACGAAAACGUGCGCCGGAUAUCCUGGGAGUCUGGGCUAUGAAACGAUCGAUGCCAACACAUUUGCCAGCUGGGGCGUGGAUUACCUGAAAUAUGACAAUUGCAACAACAACGGCCAAUCUGGAAGUCAAGCCGUCAGCUCUGCUCGGUAUGCGGUCAUGCAAAAAGCACUGGCUGCAAGUGGUCGCCAAAUUCUCUACGCCAUCUGUAAUUGGGGCGAAGACAAGCCUUGGAUAUGGGGCCCAUCAGUCGGAAAUUCCUGGAGAAUCACAGGAGACAUUUUCGAUCGCUUCAACACCGCAUAUUCAACCUGUCCAGUCCCUAACUCCGGUGGUUACCAGUGCUCUGUGACGCAGAUCAUGUCGAUGCAAGCAACGAUCUCUUCAUACUCGGCUAAAGGCGGCUGGAACGAUAUGGACAUGCUGGAAGUCGGCAACGGUGGAAUGUCCGAUGCGCAAUAUGUGGCACAUUUCAGCAUCGGCUUUUCCAUCCUGGCGAAUCCCGCCGUCAUUGCAGUUAACCAAGAUCCGCUGGGAGUGGCAGCCUCGUACCGAUGGACACGAAAUAACGUGCAACUAUGGAGUGGACCUCUGGCGUCUACCACCGGUGGCUCAGUCAACGACGUUGUUGUCGUGCUUUUCAAUAACGGAGGCUCAAGCACGACGGCAUCCGCCACCCUGUCCGAAAUCUUUGGUUCAUCCAGUGUUCCGUCGACCCAAUUUGAGAUUCGAGAUCUUUGGGGAUCUCGACUCAGUGACAGCCAGGCACAGUCAAUUCUCAAUGACGGGGCGGCCGCCCAUUCAUCUUUGCUUUACAAUGCCACUGCCCAGAGCUAUUCGACGGGUUUGUCUCAAGCAAACCCAAUGCUACUUGGAACGGCUGUGGGAUCGGUUUCAGGACCUUCAGGGACGAUUACGCAGUCUAUCCCUGCGACGGGAUGUCGGAUGUUCCGGCUGCGUGCUAUCUCAAGCACUACCUCUUCCACCACCACAACGCGAUCUUCUACAACCACAAAAUCGACCUCUUCGACAACAACUUCGGCGGCUCAACCACAGCAGACAAAGUGGGGACAGUGUGGUGGUCAAGGUUGGACUGGACCGACACAGUGUGAGUCGCCAUCAACUUGUCAGUUCCAGAACGGUAAGUGCUCUCAAUACAAAACCAUCUGA